AUGUCUAGCAACGCCGAACCGGCGGCGACGGAAGCCACACCGACGAAGAGAGCGCCACGCUCGUCGCUAUCGAAGAAUCUCGUGGUGCUCUCUGCGCUCCCCGUCAUCGUGGCUGUGUUAGUGACCGUAUGGACGUCUCCUGAUUGGUUGUUGCAGUGGCAUGACGUCUCCAUCGAAUCCUCAUCUGCGAAUGCAUCUGCUCAAUUCCCCGCAGACGACGUGCUCGUAGACAAGUACGAGAGUGACUUGGUGAAGAUUGCCUACCACCCUCUUUUGGCCAAUCCAGCUGCAAGAGUCCAAUGUCCAGACUUCCAGCCGAUAGAUGAAGAGAUGACACACGUGGAGCUGGCGCUUGGCCAAGUGAAACAACUACGAAACCGGGACCGAGUCUUCUUCAUGUUGAACGGGCAGAACGAGGGGGUUUACUUGCCUUGGGAACACCAUCCGAACGAAGAAGCGUGUCUCUUAGAGCUUGCACAGACAGCAGCAUUACACCUCGGAGCCGAUUCGGACAGGGUGGCUAAUGGACUGAAAAUCUUCUCCAUCGACGGCUUGCCGAUCCUGACAGCGGAUGAAUUGGACUCGCAACGUAUUGCCCACGUACUGCUGGAUGGGCAGCUCUGGGUGUGGCCCGGGAUCAAGGUGGGCUACGUUCGGGAGAUCGACGGCUGCACCGUUACAACACGGUCGCUUCACCCCAAGGUGUUCACAGUGGAAGGUUUCUUUUCACAGGAAGAAGCGAAUGCUAUUAUCGUCGCGGGUAUUGACCACCUCGAUCGCUCUCCUGUAGACAGCUCCGAGGCAGAAGAUGGAUAUCAUGAAGACCGGACGAGUUACACGGCAUUCUUAGAUGACAGCCACUUCACGCGCGAUUUCCGCGUGCGAUCUUCGCGUCUCGCUCGACUGCCAUCCCCUAGUUAUACUGAAGUGAUGCAGCUCGUGCGAUACGAAACAGGGCAGUUUUACCGCAACCACGAGGACUACUUUGACUCAAAAGAAUUUGUCCCUAACAAGAAGGUGGCUGCCGACCAGUUUGAGGUGUGGAUUGAGUGGGCGUCGUCCAAAAUCGAAGAACUUCGUCGGGACCGCGGCGACAAUAUCGUUCCUGCUGAGUUCCUACCUGGAGGCGCGAUGUUUCCAGACAUUGAAAGCACAACAACGUUUCAAAAUGCUCUGCUGAAGUGCUUCAUGGAGGAUGCCGAGACUAGCGACUUUUUCUGGAAGCACGCCGACUUGGAGUGGGGCGACUGGAUUAACGAGAAUCUUGAACGUGGAGCAAAUGAUAUGAUGACUCCGCUGUUGGAAGACAAAAGUUACAUGUUGCCGUUCAUUGUGGCUUCAUGGGAAAAACGUGCUCGGCUUCCUGAACUUGUUUAUUCAUUUCCCAAACCUCCGAUCAAUGGCAUCUCACACUACUUCAGAUGGAUACGUUGGGCAAAGGAACGAGUACAGGUGCUAAUGGAUACGCAGCCAGAGGCUGUACCGAAACGUGUGAGACCGGAAGGCGAAGACUACCCCACAUUUUACAUGAGUUUUCAGACUCGUUUGGUAAAUUACCUCCUCGAAGAUUACAGUCAAGAGCUCCUAAUUAAGACGCUUACCGAGGAUCUGUACAAAUGGCUAAUUGAAAACAAGAACAACGACGAUACGUUGCUGGAGGUGCUGCGCAAUAGUCAGUCUGCGUUCGACCUUGUGGUGAAAUCCUGGGUCAAGCGGGUUGGUGAUGUAUUCGCCUACGAGAAGCCGAAGUAUCUGUACCAUUUUGAGCCGAAUCGGUUCGUGACGCUCUUCUUGUAUCUAAACGACUGUCCCGAAGGCGGCGAGACGAUCUUUCCAUACUCGAAGGAGCGUUUAGUGACUGGAAUCGAACGAGAAGGAAUGACCGAGUGCUCCGACGGACUCGCUGUGCCUCCCGUGAAGCUCACAGCGUCGUUAUUUUACGCGCAAACGCCAAUGAACGACUUGGACCCAGCUAGUCUCCAUGGCGGUUGUCCACCAGCAAAGGGCAUUAAAUUCGGUGCCAACUCGUUCAUGUGGAAUGCCGACGCCGACGAAGGCGCCAACGCAUGGGGAUUGUCUGAAGACUUCAAAGCGGCGACCACAUAA